AUGCCUGAGCAAGCGGUAGUGACCUUGCGCUACGGGCCCUACAGCGCAGUGGGCCUCUCUGUGGAGCACCGCACCUACCGACUGCAGGGUCUGCAAGCUGUGUUGGCCAAAGACGGACAUCAGAUCAUCCUGGAGCAGAUAGAAGACUGGAACCUGGUGGAGCUCGUGGUAAAUGAGGAGACGGUCUUUCAGUGUGAUAUCCAAGAACUGGAGUUUGGGGGUGACGGUAAACUAGACCCACUGUGUGAAGAAGCCAGGAUCGCUGUUCUGAAUGCCUUCUGA